AUGUAUGGGUAUGUUCCAGGCGCGGGCCAGCACAAGGCUUCAUUUUGGAAGGCCAUUGAACGGAACUACAAUGCCCAUAAAGGGCCCAUCUACCCUAUCCGCUCCCUUCGCAGCCUUGAGGGUCGCUGGUCUGAUAUUAAGGAACAAGCAAAUAAGUUUGAGAGCCACUACAACAAUGUCCUUAAUGAGAGGCGCAGUGGCUACAGCGAUAUGGACAAGAUCGCAGCAGCCAUUGAGUUGUACAAUAGUCUCGAAGAUAGGCCGUUCAGCACGAUCCACUGCUGGGAGAUGCUUCGCAACGAACCUAAGUGGAUGGACCUAAACAACCGUGGAAAGCUGGACCGAGGUCGGGUCCCCGAAGAUGUUAAUGCGCCCAUCGAUCUCACAGAAUCUGGAUGUGGGGAAGCCGGGAGCGAGAGUCAGAUUGGUACUUCCAAGAGGCCUCCGGGGAGGGACAUUUCGAGGUCAGGCAAACGGACUUGCUCCAGUGGGUCUCCUAGUGAUGCAGGGUCCGAGUUCUCUUCUAUGCUGUCUGCAAUGCACAUCCAGAAGAUGGACUUGAUCAGGACAUUUGACGGUUCUGUGGCAAGCAAAAUGGACCGGUUGGUUACCAUUCAGGAAGAGCACAUUGAGUUGAAGAAGAAAAAAGAUGCCCGGGAGCAGGAGUUACGGGACGAGCGCAUCAUGGCUAUUGACCUGACCACUUGCAAUCCCGGACAGCGUGUCCUGUACGAGGCAAUGCAGCGAGAGAUUUUACAGCGGUGGGGUGCACGCAACAAAGAUGCUCCGUAG